AUGUACUGGAAUGAUAGAAAAAUCCUGCUCGCAAGAGAAUCAGCGAACGCAAGAGCACGAGCAUCGGUUAUUUCAGUUGGGCGCAUUGCUGAGGAGGAAGCAAGCAUUCUGGGUACUAUUGAAGAAAACGAUUGCCCUGGCGGCAAUACGAGCACCACCGCUGCUAGCAAUACUAGUGCAGACGAAAGAGGCCGAGUUGGAGGAAGUCCAAAUACUGGUACUAGUGCAGUUAGCCCUCAAACCGUACACAAAAUGAAUCUUUGCUUUGAUAAUAACAGCGGACUCUUGAUUCUGUUUAAACAGCAGUGGUAG